AUGAACAAGACGACGGAUCAAGACCAAGAGGAAGCCAAUUGUCACGAAAGACGUACAAUACAGACGCAAUAUACAAAAUUCAAGACACCCGUGGAUGCUCUGACCAAGAUCGUGACAAGACAAGACACUUUUAAUAGUGAUACUGCUGAAUCGGGGGCAUCACAACAUCAAAACUUUCAACAACAUGAUCGUCAAAAUAAUAGAGCUGCUACUACUUUCGAUCCAAUGGAAGUUGAAAAAUCAAGGACCAGGACACUUGAAGAUGCUGAGGAUCAUGAACUAGGAGCACAAAAAGAACAAAUUCUAAAGGAGUCGGAGCAGGACAGUAAAGCUGGCGUCACGGAACAUACAUUGCACAUGAGUGCAAUUGACAAAAGUGGCUCCGAAGUGCCGAAAUUGCCCAUGAGAUACCUCAAUGGUCAAUUCCAGAGCAAUUCGUACUUUUCAAGAAAGCUGCUGAGACUUUCGCAGAUUAUUGUGCUUGGAGAUCUCGUCGCGCUUGGCUUUUUUUACUUUUAUAAAGCAGAGGCAGAUGAUAUUCAACAUGGUAAAUUAUAUGUCGGGUCGCCACUUAAGGUCUUGGUGUAUAGUGACGAGCAUAGUUGCUCCACGUCGUUGGCGUUGGCAGCGUUGGUGUAUCAUUUGUUCCCAGCAGUGUUUAUAUUGGGACUGCCAGCUUCAGGUUUUCGAGUUUUUGAACCUUUUCGAAGAGAACAGCGGAUUGAUCGAGGUGGGAGACUACAGAAAGUCAAGCGGACAAUUUGUCUACAGAUUUGUGAACUCGUGGGCGUUGGAAUCUUCCUGUAUGAGGCGCUGGUUCUCGGCUUUCUCGUCUACUACGUUGCGAGCGGGAAAAUUUUUGUAUACUGUGACUCGAAUAUCGCGGCGUAUGUCUUUUGCGGGUGUGCUAUUAUCAUGUUCUGGCUGCUCUUUGCCCUCAUGCGCGCCUUUGCGAGAUUCAGGGAACAUUUAAAGAUGCAGUUGGGUGCGUUCAAAGAGAGCGAUCAGACAGGUGACGUGAAGGCGCACAUGUUGCGUUCCAAGAUGAAGCACAAAAAUCGUCAGCAACAAAAGAACGGCAAUGGAGCCGAGACAACGUUUCCGACUCCGGCCAAAUCUGCAGUUGUUAAAGACGUUCGAAAGAGACUUUUUCGAGGAGCUCAACUUGGUGAUCUCCGACUUAUUCGUCGCUCUAUUCGUAUCGCAAAGCUACAUCUGGGUGAGAGCUUUGCGCGAGAACUGUACCCAGACCCGGCCAUGGUGUUUGGCAUCUUUGGACUUGCCAAGAAGAAUCCCAUGCAUGUUGCUGCAUACCAAGGAAAUAUCGCAGCCAUGGACCUGCUGUACAAGGCACAUUUUAAGGUCAAUUCUUUUGACAAAGUCUCACGUGUGAGGUUCAGUACUGGCGACCUGUUCUGGUAUCUCGCGAGCUAUUUCAUCCCGAAACCUGUAGUCUCAGCUGAUGAGGCUUACAGCUCCGUGUUUAAAACGACGCUGGUUACACCGCUGCAUUGUGCUGUGAGUACAGGUCGUCUGGCCGCUGUACGCUGGCUUGUUGCUCACGGAGCGGACGUCAACCUUUGUUCCAAGUCAUCCUACCGCUGUGAAGGCCGAUUACCACCUAUAUUCUUGGCUGAUCACCCCGAAAUUGUGCACGUACUACUACGAGCUGGCGCGAAUCAUCUCGCGAUCCCUGAUCCUGGUCACAUGAACACUAUUACAGUCUUACAACUCGCCUAUUUGCGAGGUAACUAUGCCGUUGCGCAAGUAUUGGAGGACUGGGGUGGUGAUGUGGCACUGACACCGCUGCACGCUGCCGCUGCUAUGGAUGAUGUUGCAACGAUCCGAAGUUUUUUGCGUAAGAAGGUAAAUCCAGACGUGUUGGGUGAAUUGGGCUACGUCGGACUCAACAAGCGUACACCGCUACAUUGGGCGGCAGUGAACGGUGCAGUAGGAGCUGUCGAGAUUCUGCUCGCUGCUAAGGCCAAUGCCAAUUUCCAGGAUGCACAUGGACGAACAGCGCUACACUGGGCUGCUCGAGUGAAUCGUGUGGAUAUUGUGCGCGUGCUUUUGGCACAAGGUGCCGACCCGACAAUUGUAGAUAAUGGUGACAUGACGCCCAUCAUUUGUGCAGCUUGUGCUGGUGGGACAACUGCGGAUAUGUUCAAGGCAUUAGUUGCUAGUGGCGGUGAUAUCAACCGACAGCUUCGUUCGACAGGUGAUACGGCAUUGCACUUGGCUGUUAAACUGGACGAUCAACAGACAGCGUUGGCAUUGUUGAGUAUGGGAGGUGACAUCAUGCGCACGAACUACGACGGAUUCCGACCUAUCGAUUGUACCACGUCCACGAGACUGCAGUUCGAGAUCAAGCGGGCAGCAGGUACUCGUGAUGUGAUGAUUAGUUACACACACUCGCACAUGGAGUUCGCUCUGAAGCUCCGCAAGUCACUGGAGGAUGCAAACAUUACCGUGUGGCUUGAUCUCAUGGAUCCUAGUGGAAUAGGUGGUGGAUCAGUCUGGCGAGAGGAAAUUGCACGUGGUAUUAACAAUGCUGCGGUUGUACUUUGUAUCCUAACGGAGGACUAUGCGCAGUCUGAGUGGUGUUUGAAGGAAUUGGCAUUAGCCAAACAAGUAGGCACGCCCAUUAUGGCCAUCUCCACAGAACAUGCAAAGAUUUCUGAGGAGCUUCAGGUGUAUCUGUACACGCGACAGCUCGUGCCGUUUGAAAGUGCUAUUGUGAGUGUCGAGAAGGUAAAUGAGAAGAAAACCCGAUACGAAUACGAUGAAGAAGCAUACAAGAAUCAAUUGCGUAUGUUGCUGGAUGGUAUGCGUGACGAGAUUGAGAAGCGGAAGGAGGACAAUAUCAAGCGCAACAUUCGUCGUGCGGAGACGAAUCCAAUGGCAGGAUUAAACCAUGGAAGUGGCGGUGUGCGUGGCCGCCGCCUUAAUCACAUGACCUCUGGUAUGAGCUCUACUAGCGCGUACGGUAUGGAUUCUAUGAAGUUUGAUGAGCGUGCACUGGCAUUGUCUGCAUUUGAUACACCCAAUUACUACGCCAGUGACUCGGGCGGUUCAGUGAUUCACGACGUUGGUGAUGAUUCGACGAUGCCCAUGGCAAUCGGCAGCCGUCGCCGUGGUCCGCAGGGAUCGUCUCGGUCCAUUGGUUCCAACGGUGUGUUUCCGGCCAACCAACGGGGCAUGCGGUUUAACAAUAACUACGACUACAACGGCACAAAUCUGAGCGUCUUAAGCGGUACUAGCAGCUCCAGCAGCUCAAGCAGCUUUGCUGACGACUGCGGCGUCUCGGACAGCAUUAUUCUCGACACCGGUGGAUAUUACUUUCACCAAGCAGCCAGCAAAGACAAGCCCACACGCAGGGGACGCAAGAAUGUCAUCUCUGAACGAGACUCAAAUGAUAUCGAUGAACCAAACCCCAACGACAGUAUUGUGGAAGAUCUGCAAGAGCUCAAAACUGCUACAGCCAGCGGCGAACAAUUUGUGUUCAUCAGUCAUGGAGACUACCACCAGCGAUUUGUGCGCAAGCUGUGCGUUGAAAUGUGCCGGGAGGGGGGUCUUAGGUGCUAUGUAGACCGCAAGCACAUGGCAAAAUUGUCGCCAAUUAUUGCGGAGGACAAGGAAGAGGAAGUAGAAAAGUCCCAACCAAAGCGUUUGAUGUUGUCAAGAAACGAGGAUAUGUCGAUGCGCAUAUUUGAAGCAAAGGAAGCCAUUCUCAAGUGCUCGGCCUUUGUUGUUCUCAUGUCUGAGAAGACGUUGGCAAGCGAACUAGUAAAGGAUCAGCUUGCGUUCGCAGAGGACAAAGGAAAGAUAAUAUUGCCUGUGGUAGUGAACCGCAUGGACUUCGCCCUCGAUAUCAAGUACAGCCUUUCACGCAGCGAUUUUUUCCACUUUUUUACGAAAGGCGACAUGAUGGGCUUUCGUCAAUCGCUACGACACUUGCUAGACGCGCUGCGAGAAGAGGUAUAUGGCAUAAGUAUUCAGGGUCCAAUUACCAGUUUCAACUCUGCCGGUCAAGUGUCGAGCUCUAACGCUGGUGGACAGUUUUCUAGUUUUAUUUCGAGUGGUCAACUUUCGGGCGUUGGCAGUGACGGGCACGCUAAUGGAAACGAUGCGCAACUUCGAGGAGGGUUUUCGGAUCUGUGCGACAGCUUCUUGUCGACUGGUGGAUCCUACAAUUCGCCCUUGCAGAGCCAUAGUAACGAUGCUAGCAUUCGCAGACGUCGUCCAAACUCACACAGUCAUUUUUUCGCGAGUUCACGGAGUGACACGUCCAACUUCGGCUUGCCUUCUACGCGACUCUCACAGACAUUUGCUGAAUCAACUGGUACGACACGCAGUUUGACAUCGGGUAUAAGUCUGUCCCAAUCCAUGAUUGGAAACUUCACGACACUCGUGAGUCGAAUCACGGAUGAUCUUGAGGAAGAGGACGAAAGCUUGUGUUACACUGGAAUUCAGGAUGACGACUUUGAUUCGGACCAGGAGUUAGAAGUGGAGGAAAAUGGAGAGGUGCAUGCAGUGCAAGAGGAAGUUCCUUCUGUGACAAGAACAAUGCAACGGCACCCUGCAUUGGGUGCUCUUUCAAGUGACGGCAGUUUCGAUAAGCGCCAACGAGGAUCCACCGCGUCCAUUAGCAUACUGGAACUCACUGAAUCAAUCGACGGCACCACCAUCAGCGUUGAUGCAAUGCUGGGCGACAAAAAGCCAAAGCGAUAA